AUGGUGGCCUAUGGUCUCACCUGCAAACCUCAGCUCAACCUGGCUGUUCCCCCUGCCUGUUCAUUUCAGACAACCCCUAACACCUACUGUAAAGUCACCACUGCAGAAGACUCAGCCUGCCCCUUUAUAAAGUCACAGAGACCGGAAGGCAUCCACAGCACCAAAAGGCCUCUCUCAGCGAUUGAGGCAGAGGCUCUCAGGUCAAAGCCAAGUCCUGCCUGGGGUCAGGCCUUCUGGCAGCUUGCCACCCACCCCCAGAGGGGAAUUUCACCAAGCCCAGAUGUGAGCGGCUACCGCCUGCUGGGCCCUUCCCCUCAAGCUUUGAUCCAGUCCUCCCAAAAGCCCUCAGAAGGAACUGCCCUCUUCCUCAUGGCAGAGGCUCUAAGAGGCCGUCCACACACCGGGCUCUGCAGUGGGCAGGGCAGCAAGGCCACACCAAGGCCAUCUGGCUGCAAAGGCGAUCAGGGGCUCUUUUCCCUCCAGGCACAGGCCCCCACUUCCCAGCUGGCAGCAGGCCUCAGGGGAGCUGAUGUGAAGGCAUCCCAAAGGGAGAAGCUAUUGACGGCACUUUUAUGCUCCUCCUUUACCAUUUCUAGAGAUGAGUUCGGCUUCAUCUUCAACAAGUCUGAGCCCGCAGUUCACAAAGUUGACCUGGAAACACUGGUGCUGCUCAAGACCAUCAGCCUGCAGAGCCACGGCUGCGUGCCACAGGCCAUGGCCCACACCCACCUGGGCGGCUACUUCUUCAUCCAGUGCCAACAGGAUGGCCCCGCUUCUGCCGCCCCCCAGCUGCUGCUCGACAGCGUCACGGACUCCGUGCUCGGCCCCAAUGGGGACGUGACUGGCACCCCACACGUGUCCCCCGACGGGCGCUUUGUAGUCAGCACUGCUGCCACCAGCCCCCAGCUGCACGUGCAGGAGAUCACGCUGCAGGGGGAGAUCCAGACUCUCUCUAGCCUGAAAAUAAGCCAGGGCAUCUCUGACGUGGCCUUCCAGCACUCCUUCACCCACGGCGAUCAGUACUACAUCUACGCCCCCCUGGAGACAGAGCCAGACCUGCUGUUCCUGGAGCUGUCCACGGGGAAGACGGGCAUGCUCAAGAACUUGAAGGAGCCGCCCACGGGGCCCGCAUGGCCUUGGGGAGGGCCCCGCAGGAUCGUGAGGGACAGCGGGCUCUUCGGACAGUUCCUGCUCAUCCCCGCCCAAGAGUCGCUGUUUCUCGUCAACGGGAGACAAAACGCUCUGCGGUGUGAGGUGUCGGGCGUAAAGCGGGGGACCACAGUGGUGUGGGUGGGCGAGGUAUGAAGGAGCCCGGGGCAGAGCCCUGGGCCACCAAACACCGCCGAGUCCUCACACCGCAGCCCCAAGCAGGCGCCCUGUACAUUUUCACGGACAAAAGCAAAACCUGUAUCCGCUCUGUGGUUCAACACUGGCCUCCUUGCAAGUUUCCUAGUAUAAGGUAUGCGCUGCUAACCAGAUUGGGGUUUUUCGUUGGGAAGUAUGAUUUAUGCCUUGAGCUACGGUGAGAACACACGCUGCUGUGUAAAGGAAUCAUUUCUGUGCCCAGCUACACGCCAUGUUUCCUGGGGAACGCUGCGGAACCAAGAGCUCCUGCUUUCCAGGCUGACACUUGUGUCGGUUGCCUUCAUGUACUCAUUGUCCGUCACAGCUGGGUCCAGCCCACCUCCCCCCGAUGGAGUGGCCCCGAAGCCGGGCCUGGAAACUCAGUGCGAGCCCUGGCUUUCGCUCCAGGCAUGAGAGCCACGUCUGCCCUCAUUCCGGACCUUCUUUUCUCCUGCGCAGCCGCUUCAUGCUUUUUUUCCAUGUGACUUGGUGUAAGCCUGAGGGAGAUCCAGCCAGACUUCUUGCGUCUUGGGGGAUGGGGAAAUCACUUACUUUAUUUUGGAAAUUUUGAUUAAAAGAUAAUUUUUUAUAAUCUC